CCUUUUAAAGCAAGGAGGGGACGGCAUGAAUGCUGUCAGUUAGAUGCUGGACGGUCCAAAGUGAGGAGGAGUCGUUGUCUCGUUUUUCUUUUCCCUAGUCCAUAGUAUUCCCCGCACUUAUUUUUUUUUUUUUUUUUACACACAGUGCCAGUUCGUCCUCAUUGUUAAAAUGUACAGGUAUCUUGGGGAGUUACUCACUCGCGGAGCAGGUAACGUUAGUGCGUUGGCCUCGGGAUGUGUCGACUCUGCUCUCCCCGUUUCCGCGUCUUUGAUGCGGGUUCGUCACUACAGCGAAGCCGCUGGAGAUGACGAUCCAAACUUCUUCACAAUGGUGGAAGGUUUCUUUGACCGUGGUGCCAGCAUUGUCGAAGACAAACUGGUGGAAGGCCUGAAGAACAGGGAAACGCCGGAGCAGAAAAGGCUACGCGUCCGAGGAAUUCUCAAGAUUAUCAAGCCAUGUAACCACGUUUUGAGCCUAUCGUUUCCCAUUAAACGAGACAACGGCGAGUGGGAAGUGAUAGAGGCGUAUCGUGCCCAGCACAGCCAGCAUAGGACCCCAUGUAAAGGAGGUAUCCGCUACAGCACGGAGGUGUGUGAGGAUGAGGUGAAGGCCCUGGCCUCUCUGAUGACCUACAAGUGUGCUGUUGUGGAUGCGCCAUUUGGAGGAGCCAAAGCUGGGGUGAAAAUCAACCCUAAGAAUUACUCCGACAAUGAGCUGGAAAAGAUCACGAGAAGAUUAACCAUCGAGCUGGCCAAAAAGGGAUUUAUCGGGCCGGGCAUCGACGUGCCUGCCCCUGACAUGAGCACCGGCGAGCGGGAGAUGUCCUGGAUCGCCGACACCUACGCCAGCACCAUGGGCCACCAUGACAUCAACGCCCACGCCUGCGUCACGGGGAAGCCCAUCAGCCAGGGGGGCAUUCACGGGCGCGUGUCCGCCACCGGCCGCGGGGUCUUCCACGGCAUCGAGAACUUCAUCAACGAGUCCGCCUUCAUGAGCAAGCUGGGCCUCACCCCUGGGUUCGGGGACAAGACCUUCGUCAUUCAGGGCUUCGGGAACGUGGGCCUGCACUCCAUGCGCUACCUGCACCGCUUCGGCGCCCGCUGCGUGGGCGUGGGGGAGAUCGACGGCAGCAUCUGGAACCCGGACGGCAUCGACCCCAAGGAGCUGGAGGAGUACAAACUGCAAAACGGCACGAUCCUGGGCUUCCCCAACGCACAGCCCUAUGAGGGCAGCAUCCUGGAGGCCGACUGCAACAUCCUGAUCCCCGCGGCCGGGGAGAAACAGCUCACCCGCCAGAACGCUCAUAAGAUCAAGGCCCAGAUCGUGGCGGAGGGAGCUAACGGCCCCACCACUCCUGAGGCCGACCGGAUCUUUCUGGAGAAGAACAUCAUGGUGAUCCCGGACUUGUACCUGAAUGCUGGCGGUGUGACCGUGUCCUACUUCGAGUGGUUGAAGAACCUGAACCACGUCAGCUACGGCCGCCUCACCUUCAAGUACGAGAGGGACUCCAACUACCACCUGCUGAUGUCUGUCCAGGAGAGUCUGGAGCGGAAGUUUGGGAAGCACGGUGGAGCCAUUCCCGUCGUCCCAACUGCGGAGUUCCAGGCCAGAGUGGCUGGUGCUUCUGAGAAGGACAUUGUCCACUCUGGUCUUGCCUACACCAUGGAGAGAUCUGCUAGGCAAAUCAUGCGCACAGCAAACAAGUACAACCUGGGCCUGGACCUGAGGACCGCUGCUUACGUCAACGCCAUCGAGAAGGUCUUCAAGGUGUACAACGAGGCCGGACUGACCUUCACAUAGACGCCCAACCGCCCCCCUGCCCCAGUCUAUGCGUCGGUCUGUCCCGCUAUGGAGAUCCAGGCCUCCCCGCUCCCCCACCCAGCCCAGCCUCUAUAACAUAUCGGGCGUUUACAGCUUAUUGCAUGUACUCCCCUCUCCCUGUGUACCGCAUUGCCACCAGACCAUUCCUCUCUCGCGUGUUAAGAUGCUUUGUGCAGUCUGUCCUUCUGCUAGCUGGGCUCCCACUUCCUCCUGAGCCCCCCCCCGCUCCCUGCCUCUUCAUCUUCAUCUUCCUCUCCAUCCCAGUCUUCGUCGGCCUGUAACGGGUUUCACUGCCAACAAACGCCAAAAAAAAACAAAAAAAAAACACGGAUGUACGUGGCCUUUCGUCCUCACUGCCUCCUUUCCCCCCCCCCCCCACAAACGGUGAAUAAAGCCGGUCGCGGUCCUCUUUUCUGUUCAGAGACGCUGGUUGUGUUCUGUUACCCCCGUGGUGUAACGUUGAGUUACUGCGUAACAAUCCUCCUGUGUACACAGUCCUGCACACGUGCUUAAAAUUGAGUCUCUCAAACCGUCCUCUGUUCUCCUAGCCCCUUCCACUAAUCUUAAGUUCUCCGUUUUUAGUGGAAUGGUUAUGUUUUUGAGCAAGACAAGGCUCUUGGGCUGUAACCUGAAUUUGGAGUUCAGGAUAUAUAAUAAACGGAUUGGUUCUGUUUUUAAUCCUGUAGUUUGUGACAAACGCGCUCCCAGAUGCACUUCAUUUUGUACUCUGCACGCCCUCGGCUCGCCUCUUCCUUAAUCUUUCAGCAAUACUCUUUCAGAUUUUAUUUAGCUGCUUUCAGGGCGAGUUGGAGAUCCAUCUCCCUCAGAAGCACAUUUUCUCUGAAGCUGUGCUUGGGUAGCUUCAUUUUCUCUGGAUUAUAAGUGUCUUAUUUGGAUCUGUAGGGAUUAUGGAAGCAGAGACUGAGAAGAGGGAGUUCAUUUGGGAACCAAUGGUUUUGUUUUUGUUGUAUUUUUUUUUGUUUUUUUUGUCUCUCAUUUCCUUGUUUUUUUUCCAUGUAAGCCUUGAUUUGAAAACUGCUUUGGGGUUAUUGGUGCAUUUGUAUUGUCUUUUUUUGUUGUAUACAAAUAAAACGACAAUGAACUCUA